GUUCCGAAAACCAAUCGUGAGUGGCGCUAGCUGCGCCCUUGCACGGUGCGAGCUCUCGCGUAGAUUAUCAUGGCUCAUCCCCCGCGAGACAUGGUAGCUCGUUCACGAUUGGCGGUCGCGCUCCUGCUCCUAAUCUCGACCGCCUUCGCCGUCUCGAGCGCCGCUACGGCAGCCGAAUUUCCCUCCUCCUCUCUGAGCAGCAGCGGCGAUGGCGAAAGCAUUCGCAAAAGCGUUGGCGAAAGCCGUGGUCGCGGGCGUGCGCUGGCGGGAACGGUAACGCCGCUGGCGACGUGCUCGUCGUCGACGCUCGCCGGAUUCACGUCGUCCGUCGCCCUCGGCUCAAAGUACGC